AAGAGCUGGUAUGAUCUAGUGCUGCGCGAGAGCCUCCUGCAGGAGCUGCUGUGGAGUGGACACUGUGAGCUCAGCCGAGCCCCAGACCUGUCCAGCUGCAGGAGAGGAGUCCAGACCUUCCUCAGGAGAAACCCCUGCCCGGAGGUGCUGGAGCUGGUGAAGCUGGCGCAUCUCGCUGAUGCUAUAACUGACCCGCACCUUCAGCACACUGGCUCGCAGCUGUCUCACAGAUGCAUGACUCUGAGGAGACUCUUGACCUCCGCUGGGGCCGUUCCCCUUCACGACCUUCAGCUUGCCCUCCAGUGGCAGUACGAGUUCCUCAAGGGUCACCACAGGACCUCUGACAUCACUUCCCCCGAGGACCAGCACGUUUCCUGCCGUCUGCCUCCAGACUCGGCCGCUCGUGCGGUUUCUCAGUGUGAGAGCUUGUGUGAUUUAGCCAAGUGGCCUUCUGUUGGCGACUGCCGUCACCAGAUCUCUGCAGGCAAGCCUCCUUCUCUCAGCUCCUUUGACUCUGGUUUCGAUGGAGCGGCUAGCAGUCACCUGGACAGCAGGAGUAGAAGAGAGCCGCUGCCUAGGAUUCUGGGAAAUGGAGACUUUUCCACUUUCAAGUCGAGACCUCUGCAUGGACAGAUUGACGAGGAGAACAUUGUGAGCGUGUCUGAUUCUGAAGACCAGCGUGAAGAGCUAGGGUUUAGUUUAAAGCGGGACUCCACUCGUGCCAGCAUUCAGAUCGUUCCCAGAAUUACCUCCGACUCCCUGAACCUUGAGAUCAAAGUGAAGCGCUCCGCUACGCUGCCCAAGAACCCCUGGCUGAGCCUCCCGAUAGAUGAUCUGGAGAGCUCUUAUACGGUCACCAUUACACCCAGCUCUUCCAGAGAUCGGCCCGCUCCGACGGAGGAGCUGGGAUCCGCUCCGUACCAGAGUCAGGAGAGCUUUGAGUCGUCGGAGCUGGAUCCUGUGGGAAACGUUCUGUCCAGCACCUUAACAGAUAAUGAAGACAAGCCCAGCAGCACGGUGGAGGAUCCUUCUCUUCUCUGGGACACGUUUGAUCUGCACAAUCUCAGACAGGACUCUUACGAACGGUUAGACGUGUCUCUCGGUGACUGGGUUCAGAGAGAGCAGCAAGAGCUGAGAGAGGUGGAGGAGACUUUAGACCGAGCAGCUGAGAUCCUACAGGAGGAGGAGAAUGUGCUUGCACAGGAGGUGGUGCUGGAUGAGCUGCUGAGGUCCGAGGACUUGCACAAACACUGGCCCUUAUGGACUGAAGGACACCAGCUCAGUACGAUGUGCCCAAGAGAGCUGGCUGAGUCUGGCGUGAUCGGAUUGGAUGACGAUGUCCUUCAGAGUGACCUCACUUCCCCUGACUCGGACACGCUGAGAUCCUGUGAGGUUUGUGAAGACGACUCUGUUGCUAAGAGUCCAUCCACAUGUGAAGGGCCUGUGCAGCGGGACACGGGAUGUCCUGAGGAACACCGAAGCGGGAUCCUUCGAGAGCUGAGAGGCAUUCAAGUUCUCGAGGAGCAAAUUAUGCAGGAGUGCGUGAAGCUGGAGGCACUGCGCUGCAGAGAGACUGAGAGUCUGGGCUCAGAGGAGCCGGCGCUGGAUCAGGUCAGGGAGAGGAGCGUGUUCCUGCAGCAGCUGGAGAAGAUGGAGAGAAGCCUGGGCAGAGAGACGGAGAGAGCGGGCAAGGCCAAGAGGAGGUCGAGCAAAGGCCGCAGGGUUGUGACGUGUUCGGUCAUGACGCUGAAAGAUCUGGACGAUGAGCUGUUGAGGAGCUGUGGGCUCCAGUCGCUUCCAGAUGCUGAGAAAACCUCUUCGGAUUUGGUUUCAAACGCAGAGGAGUGCACCAGUCCGAGUCCAGCUGGAGAUGCUGAUCUCACCGACUCGAGUUUGACUUCUGAGCCUGCUUCUACCGCGAGCCUCGGACGUCUCGACUCUGAAUCCCUUCAGUCUCGUCACAGUGAGCCUGUUGCGUCGAGCGGUUUGUCUGAGACUGGAAAACUGGAAGUUAUCCCGCCCAGCACAGACGUGUAUCCUGAGCAUUCGGAGGAUGAAGCGUCUUCCUGCGACGGUCCAGACGGUGCAGAUCUGCUGGAGACGGGAGAAGCGUGCUCGACUCGGGACAGCGGGGAUGUGCGAGGUGCGUUUGAUCCUGGAGGCGUCUCCGAGAGCGUCGACCGCGCUUGUGGACGAGAGGAGAGACGUCCAUCAGACUGUGAAGCGCGGGUGGACUCAGGGCUGUUCGUCGUUCCCUCGAAGCUCAUGCAGAACAAUAACAACAACAACACCGCAGUGCUGUGCAGUGGAGAGAGCCCAGGGCGCUCCGAGGACUCCAGGUCUGCGGUCUGUGACGGUGGAGGAUCCACGAGAGCGGCCUGCAGAUCUACUCUCCAGCAGCGGCAGCUCCACACAUCCAGCAGACAGAUGAGUGAUUAUAAGACGCCCAUCGUGCUGGACACAGGCUCCGGUCUGAUGAAGGCUGGGUUUGCAGACCAGGACCUUCCAACUACAGUGUUCCCCACCGUCAUCGGCCGUCCCAAAUAUGAGGAAGUAAUGAACGGCAGUGUGGACCGAGAGCUGUAUGUGGGGCAUGACGCGCAGCACAUGAGAGGAGUGCUAGCCCUGAAGUAUCCCAUCAGAAACGGCAUCGUGAGCAGCUGGGAUGAGAUGGAGAUGAUCUGGCAUCACGCGUUCCAGCAGCUGUGUGUGUCUCCUGAGGAUCAUCCGGUGCUGCUGACCGAGGCCGCCAUGAACCCGCUGCAGAACCGCCAGCGCUCGGUGGAGCUGAUGUUUGAGGCCUUCAGCGUCCCGCUCGCCUUCGUGGCCCUGCAGGCCGUUCUGGCGCUCUACGCCUCGGGAAGAACCACGGGGGUGGUGCUGGACUCUGGGGACGGCGUCAGUCACAGUGUUCCUGUGUUCGAGGGUUACUGUCUGCCUCACGCCGUGCAGCGCUUUGACCUGGCCGGAUCCCACGUCACCCUGCAGCUCCAGAAGCUGCUGCUGGAGCAGGGUGUGUGCAUGCAGACGUCUGCCGAGCUGGAGAUCGUGCGUGAGAUGAAGGAGAGGUGCUGCUGUGUGAUGCUGGAUUACGACGCAGAGCUGAAGAGCUCCUCAGAGGUGCACUACACGCUUCCUGACGGGCGGAUCGUCUCGCUGGCCUCCGAACGCUUCCGGGCACCGGAGAUCCUCUUCAGGCCGGAGCUGAUUGGGCGGGAUCAUUAUGGGAUGCACGAGAGCGUCUUCAGAUCCGUCCUGCAGUCAGACAUCGACCUGCGGCGCAGUUUUGUGGGAAACGUCCUGCUGUCAGGCGGGAACACGCUGCUGUCGGGGCUCCCUGCGCGUCUGCGGCACGAGAUGCGGCUCCUGUGUCCCGCGGAUCUGAGCGUGAGCGUCAGCAGCCCGAGCGAUCGAGACUUCUCCGUGUGGCGCGGCGGAGCGGCCCUGGCCAACAUGGCCGACCUCUGCGGCGCCUGGAUCAGCGCAGACGAGUACGAGGAGUUCGGCCCGCAGAUCGUCUUCAGGAAGUGCUUCUGAGCCGUCACGAUCUUACAGUGCUUUUAACACUUUUAGACAGGGUUUUUGCCGUUUGUGGUGCUGUAGAGUGUAUUAAUGGUGCCAAGUGUUGAUGCGAGUCUUGUAGGACUCCAUGUGUUUUUAGAUUCCAAGAGAAAAAUGAAUGACCUUUUUAAGCUCUACAUGCAUACACUGGUUGUAUCAAUCAGAUUGUUUGUCUCUUUGCCACUUUAAUUAUAAUCUAAUCAAUCAUGUCUAAUAUGUAAAUUUGUGUGUUUAAUAUAUCUAUGAGAUAUGAAUGUGACCUUUUCAGUGUUUUGAUGCUUUUCAUGAGGCUCACGUUGCAACUAUUACUUGCGUCUGUGAAUCUGGUUCACAUGGACAUGAGGCUUCACCGUAUUAGACGUGCUGCGGAUCCUUUCCUCCAUCGUAUGCGUUUCUCAGCUGUUCCUCAGACACGCGUGUGUGUGUGUGUGUGUUUUGAUUUGCUGAGCAGGAUUGGUUUGAUUUGCAUGAAUCUCACGUCACCUCUUUUCAUCUGUACUUUCACUUGGGUUGUGUUUUAUCUGAGGUGGUUUUGAGCUGCAUAUGGAUCCGUCAGCGGCUCGUGUGUUGAAUUCUGAGGUUUGCAUGAUGUUGAUUAGCUGAUCCACAUCCUCUUGUGUGUUCAGUUUAAAGCGCUCUGUUGCUCAGUGUGUUUGCCUUGAGUGCACGGUGAACCCAGCACGUGUUUAGCAUCAGUGUCUGUUAACUGGCUAAUGUCUGGAUCUUUUUACAAUAAAUAUGAUUUCUAAACAAGGC